AUGGUUCCUCGCAAGCCUAACGUCACGGUUGUGAAGCGGGACAACACAUGCUUCGACUUGGGUGCCAUUGGAGAAGUCCUUCGAAAGAAUAAUCUGUGGAAGAGGUACAAGCGCUUUAUCACGAUGAAUGCAAGCAUUAGGGGCCCUUUCUUGCCCUGGUGGAGCAAAUCAUGCUGGACGGACUUAUAUCUUGGCAAAAUCACAGAGACAACGAAGUCAUUGGUGGAGUCGAGGCGUACUGUGAAGCUACACAAGCUGGAGAUGUUCUAUUUGACAAGGAGUACUUUGGAAUGA